AUGGGGGCUGCAGUGACUCACGCAAUCAGGAAUUUCAACCUAGAGAACCGGGCGCAAUGGGAAAGCAGCAGGAUGAAGCCCUUCCCCGCUCCCAGGCACCCCUCCACCAAGAACCUCCUGCAAGAGCAGAUGAGCAGCCAUCCAGAAAUUAAGGGAGAAAUUGCUAGAAAAAAUGACAAACUGCUGUCAUUACUAAAAGAUGUGUAUGUCGAUUCCAAAGAUCCCGUGUCUUCUUUGCAGGUAAAGCAAGAUGUAAAUUCUCUUCUUAAAGAUUUCAUAACUUUUGAAGUAAAAAAUCUUACUCCCUGA